AUGUCUUCCCGAAAUCAACGCCAACGGAACGCUUCGGCUGCUCUUCGGAAACCCAUGUAUUCGGCAUCUGAAGAAGACAUGGGCUUUGGUUCUUUCGACUGUAAUGAGAUGGCCGACGCUGUAGCACUUCAUCGUUACAACACUGCACAGCUGAGUAGAAGCAGUGAGGAGAAUAGCGUUUCAGCACCGACCACUACGAUGUUACAGAGUAUCGAAAAUCUUGUGUCUUCGUGCUUCUCAAUUCCACGAGCGGUAACCAUUCCCAGUAACGGUGUGGAACACAAAGUACUCGUUGCAAUGUUCGAUCUCACUUGCUCCUUCAUUCAUGAAUGUGUACCGUCACGCAGUGCGUCGGCUUAUUUAUCAGCUGUGAUCACCAACACUACUCCCUUCCCUCUUCCACCGGGAGAUGCUGCUGUAUAUCUGAACAACGGAUUCGUUACCAAGGCUCAUCUUCGAACAGUAUUGCCUGGAGAUGAAUUCCGUUGUUCAUUGGGAGUCGAUCCAUCAAUCAAAAUCGAAUACAAAACUCCAACAGUCACCCACGAACAGGUUGGCUUCAUGUCGAAGAGCACACUUCUGACUCAUGAACAGAUCAUCUAUCUCCGAAACGCCAAAGCUAUGCAGUCUGUUCAAGUAACAGUCAAAGAGCAAAUUCCGAAGUCGACUGAUGAGAAAAUCAAGGUAUCCAUCGUCUCUCCAGAAAUUCGUGCGAAAAAUAGCGAAGCAAAGCUGAACAAAGACCACAACUUGGAAUGGACGGUCGUCCUGGUUCCAGGCCAACAAAAAGAUCUUCGUAUAAAGUACACUGUAGAACAUCCGGCUUCAGAAUCCCUAUCGUUCAAACUUGCUGCACAGUAA